GCAUGCGCAGACUGCUCUUUCCUUCAUCCGGGUAUUUUGCAGUCCGCUGUGUGGCUGAGGAGGCGGGAAAUGGCGACUAGUGGUGCAGUGAAUAAAACCUAAUUUAAUAACAACAAAACACAGGAAACCGGCUUUAAAUUAAAAAAGCCGGGGCCUGGGAUUGUUUCUGCGGCAGCUAUCAAGACCCAGCCAUCACCCAGGGGCUGGUUUACGGGCUUUAACAUCUUAGAUGUGACCGUAAAACAACAUGAAGCUGAGAAUGCGUGAGGCAUCUCAGCCGCCAAACCCGUCUCGCGUCCGUCGACGAGCCCGGAAACCCAAACGCAGACGCUCGCAGUGCUCGCUCGGAGGAAAGGGCCUUCUGAAGACCGUCAUCCAUCACGAUGCAGCGAAGGUGGAGCAGAAGAAGCAAGGCGGAGCCAAGAGGAGUCGCGUGACCUGUGACAUCAUCACCUCGUCCCCUCAAAGCGCCAGCGUCUGUAGGAAAAGCGUCGGACGCAGGAGCCGCGCCGUCAACCGGGAAACCAGGAACCAUGACGCAAGUAAACAGACCAAGAGCAGCGUGAAGCUGGAGGCUGGAGAUGCUUUGGAUAGUCCUCCUCGAACCACCGUGCUGGGAACCGUCUUCUCUCCGGUCUUCAACUACUUCUCCCCGGCCAACCGGACAGGUUUGGACCUGCCGGGUCAGGCCAUGGAGGCGGAGGAGAUCAUAAAGCAGCUGGACAUGGAGCAGGUGGAGGAGAUGCCGAUGGGCACCGCCACAUCAUCACCGGGGCCGUGUGUCCUGCCCUACCCCAGUGCCAUUUCCCCCUACCACAGCCACAUGGAGAGAGGGGACGAAGAUGAGGAAGAGGAUGUGGUCACUCAUGUUGAUCUGCCUCCUCUCACAGCUGCAGGAUAUCCUUCAGUCAGUGGGUAUGUGGAGGUUCCUGCCUGCGUCCCCGCCCCCUCGUGUGAGGAGGACUGGGAGGUGUUUGACCCGUAUUUCUUCAUCAAGCACGUACCUCCACUAACCGAAGAGCAGCUAACUCGUAAACCUGCACUGCCCUUAAAGACGCGCAGCACGCCCGAGUUCUCGCUCGUCAUAGACCUCGACGAAACUUUAGUUCAUUGCAGUCUGAACGAGCUGGAAGAUGCAGCACUGACAUUUCCCGUCCUUUUCCAAGAUGUUAUUUACCAGGUUUAUGUACGGUUGAGGCCGUUCUUUAGAGAAUUUCUUCAACGCAUGUCUCAAAUUUAUGAGAUCAUUCUUUUCACCGCCUCGAAGAAAGUUUACGCAGAUAAGUUGCUGAACAUUCUCGAUCCGAAGAAGCAGUUAGUUCGGCACAGGUUAUUCCGCGAACAUUGUGUCUGUGUCCAGGGAAACUACAUCAAAGAUCUGAAUAUUCUCGGCAGAGAUCUCUCGAAGACCAUCAUUAUCGACAACUCGCCACAAGCAUUCGCGUAUCAGCUGUCUAAUGGGAUCCCGAUCGAGAGCUGGUUCAUGGACAAGAACGACAGCGAACUUCUCAAGCUGGUGCCUUUUCUAGAAAAGCUGGUGGAGUUGAAUGAGGAUGUGCGACCGCACGUACGUGAGCGCUUUCGUCUGCACGACCUGCUGCCUCCUGACUGAAGCGCGAGUCUCAGGAUUUCUGCAGCCGAACACAAGUAAUAAAGCCUGAAAAGAACGACGGAAAACCAGCCUUUCUGUUUAAAAAAAAAAAAAAGAAAGAAAAAAAAAAGCUGCCUUUUUUAUUUCCUUCCUGCUGUUACAGUCCUAACAGGAGGGAAAAAGAAAGAAGGUUUGAUAGGAUUUCUAAACUCUGGUGCACAGAUGUGUAAAUGAGGCUGUUCCUUCUCCGAGUCUCAGCACUCGGAGUGUUGUUAGGUUUGGUUUUCUUUUGUUUUGCAUGUGCUCGGUCUGUCUUUUCAGUCGCUUCAUCCACUGAAGUGAACGUGCACAAUGUUAAGAAGAGGAAGAUCCCGUUUAUUUCCUUUGGCGCUCCAGUGGAACUCUUUAUUUUAAGGAAAAAAAAUGAUUACUUUUGAUUUUUAUUAUUCAGUUAUUCAUCUUAAAGCAUAUUAUCCAGUGAUUAUUAUGUAUUAUUCAGUAAUUACAGUGAAACCGAUAGGAAAAGUGUGUAGUUAGGAAUGUAAGUCUGGACCAGCCAAACGUUUAAGGGGGUUUAAUACACUCACCGGCCACUUUAAUAGGAACACCUGUACCCCUGCUCAAUCAUGGAGAUUGGGGGAAAUGAUAAUCAUUUUUAAAAAAAAAUGUAGCUUGCUCUUUUUUCCAAUCUUCACCUGUCCAGUCUGGGAGAGUCUCUAUUACUGUACGUAGUGUCAGAUUCCUGUUCUUAGCUGAUGCGUUGUGGUCUUCUGCUGUUGUAUCCCAUCCGCCUUGAGAUUCGAUGUGUUUUGAGAUGCUUUUCUGCUCAUCACGGUUGUAAAGAGUGGUUAUUUGAGUUACCGAAGCCUUACUGUCGGCUCAAACCAGUCCGGAUGUUCUCCUCUCAUCAACAAGAUGUUUCUGUCCGUGCUGCUCACUGAGACUGGUGUGUGUGUGUGUGUGUGUGUGUGUGUGUGUGUGUGUGUGUGUGUGUGUGUGUGUGUGAAAAUCCCAGGAGAUCAGCCAUAUCUGAAAUGACCCUACAACCGUCAGAGUCACUGAGAUCACAUUUCUUCCGGGUUUGACGUGAUUGGCUGAUUGGAGAAUUGCAGGAGUGAGCAGCUGUUCCUAUUAAAGUGGCCAGUGACAAUUAAAUAUUUUGCUACGUUUUCAUGGAGGAGGUUGCGAGAUGUUUUAUAAAAGUAUUUCAACAUCUGCACCUUCAAUACAUGUCAUUCAUACUAAAUUUACGAUUUCAAAGAACGCCACCCGAGGUCACUUUUUAUUAUUUUUUACCGUUUUAAGUUUUUAUCAAGUUUUUAUUAAUUUUUUGUAUUAGAUAUAUCUAUUUUUUUAAAAUCAGUGUUCAUGGUCCAUUAUGGUUUAGUAUUCAUUUGUAAAUAAGUGUUGUAAUGUAAUAUCGAGCGCUAAAGUAGCAUGAUGGUUCAUUUUUUUGUGCAAACUGAAAUCACCCACGUCGCAGUGGAGCGCGUGAGAAUGUGGGUCGUAACAACAACAACAUCGAUUAAAGUGAUCCAGUCAAGCAUUUUUUUAAAGAAGAAAAGCGAUUUGCCAAUAAAUCAAAUGACACUUUCACUUAACACGGUUAUGCAGAAUUAGUAAAAUGAGUAAAAAUGUCUAGAAAAUGGUUAAUAAUCUCAUAAUGAGGCUGAGAAAUAUUAGAUACUUUGAAGUUUUUCCUUACUAAGAUGUCGUUUUUGCAGUGUUGAUGUGCUAGGUUUUCUUUUAAAAGCACUUUUUGCUUUGCCAGCUUUCAUGGUCCAUGAAGCAUAUCCAAGGGGUCCGUGAUUUAAUAAAAAAAAAAAGAAAGAAAGAAAAUAAUUUUUUUACAGUGGUGGAAACCACAACUCAACAUUAUUAUCCAAGUUAUUUUUCCUGUAAAUAAUGUCAGCUGGAAUGUAAUGACAUUUUCAGUAUUUAAAAAAAAAAAACAACAAAAAAAAAAACAGGUUAUUUGGGUGAAAAGUUAAAAACAAUAAUGUGUUUAAUUUUUUUUUUUUUUAAACAGUUAAAGGACUGCAAAAAGUUUGAAAGCCCCGGUGAAAAGGAUGAUUUAAGGUGCUUGGACCCCUUUCCAUUUGCGAUUUGCUCCAGUUUUCCUUGUGGAGUUAUAUAUAUAUAUAUAAUUUCUGAUUUUUAAGGCACUUUAAAAUAUAUGUAUAGCAUGUUACACAAUUUUGAAAGGAGAUUUUGGGAAAAAAAAAAUUCUAAUUAAAAUUAAAUGCAAUACUGAACUUGUAUAAUUGAAAUUUUAACACAGUUAAGUCUAAAUUUAAUGCAAUAAUGAAAGCAGAAUUUCAGAUUUUGGCGCUGUAGUAGUUCAUUUGUAUCUAAUCUAAGGUUUGUAUGAAAUUUAACUACAUGAGCGUUUUGUCUGCAUCACUCAGUUGGACUGAGUUUAAUUUUAUUUUCUCCAUUUUAUUGAAAGCGUUUGCGCUGUUAAGAGCGUUAGACUGCGUAUCUGUGAGCUCUAAAGCUUUCAUAUUUCUGUAUAUGAAUAUUAAAGUUCCUAUUAAAGUAAAUUUCCUUUUUAAAUCCCCUAAAUCCAUCGUAGGAAAAAACAAGCUUCUGUAAAAUUUGUUGUUUAAAUUUGUAAUAAAUAAUUGCAAAGCAAUAUGGGAGGAGAAGUGAUCCCAAGGAUCCUACUCUAUUUAAAAAAAAAAAGAAGGAAAGAAAGAAAGUGUGUACUAUUCUUUCUCAUUGAAAGAGUUCACGAUCAGUUACAUAAAGUAUGCAAAUGGAUUUGCGUGUAUUUUAUUAAUGCGUUGUACAAAACAGCAGUCGUUGUUUUAUUUUUUAUUAUCCUGCCCUGCAUGUGGUGUUGUGUGAGAUUUUUGUCCUGAGUGCAAAAAUUCAGCUGUAAAUAUUUGUGAGACGUUUUCAGGCACAUAAUACAAGAGACUUAUUUUCCAUUUUUGUCAAAAAGCUGGAGUUGAAAUCGCUCGGCGACACGAACGUCCUUAACGUAAGGAAACUUUUUUUUUUUUUUUUUUCUGGUGUUUUUGAAUUCAAAAGAAAUGCCGUUCAUUUUAAAUGGAAAUGUAUUUGUUAUCUUUGUGUAUUUUUUUUUUUUCCUCUUUACUGUGUUACGUGUGUGUUUGUAUAUUUAGUUAACCCUCAACCUGAAUUCAUGGCUGUUUUUGUGGGAAAGACUUUAAUUAAAUUUUAACCAUGGCAGUUUUUCUGCAGAAACCAAA